AUGACGACUCUCGAUGAUGUCCUCGCAAUACAGAAGACGAGCAAUAUUCUUUACCCUCCAACUAUCGUCACUCCUUCCACGGAAUCUAAAGUCGAAACUGAUACUUCGUCUGGCACGUUAAGUAUUGGUCUCUAUAAUUCUACGACCUCAAACACAGUGUAUGCCUACAUCACUGGGCUUGCAAUCAACAACAACAGUGCUCUCUUCCUCCUGGAAUCAGAUGGGCAGACGGCAUAUUACCCCACCAAUCCUUCCGCGAAUGGCUCAGCUUUGUCGGCCAAUUGUGCAAUCGCUCUCGGUGCUCCUGGAACCACCGUAAAUGUCACAAUUCCGUUCAUUGCGGGAGGUCGCAUCUGGUUCUGUGUUGGCAGCACUCUUACCUUCCUCUUGAACCCCAGCACCUCAGGCCCGGGUCUCGUUGAACCAUCUGUCAGCAACACUUCAGAUCCAAACUACAAUCUUUCCUGGGACUUCUGCGAGUUCACGUACAACAGCUCGCAGCUUUACACCAAUAUCAGCUACGUAGACUUUGUCUGUCUGCCCAUAUCCCUGACUUUAACGUCUACAACCGGCUCGACCCAGCAUGUCAGCGGGAUGGCAUCCGAUGGACUCAACACAGUCUGCAGCAAUCUCAUCGCUCAGAACGCCUCUGACGGAGCAGGCUGGGAUCAACUCGUCAUAACUAGCAAUGGAUCUAAUCUUCGAGCUCUUUCGCCGUCGAACGGCAUAGUCUUCAACCCCAACCUCUUCUCAACAUACUGGACUUCCUACAUUGAUGCUGUCUGGGCUCAAUACGUCUCCGCCCCCAUUACAGUCGACACUCAAACUUCAUGGGGCACCUUCACGGCCUACACAUCCAACGACCGCACCUCACUUGCCUUCACCAAUCUUGGCUCCUUCACUAAACCCUCUGCAUCAGAUAUCUUCGGCGCCAAUUCCGGAGCAUUCGCACCACAAGCUACCAAUACGGCUCAGCUACUCAACAUAGGCGCACGACUCGAUGCCGCGUUCAAUCGUAGCACGUUGUUAAUUGAUGCUGAUCAACCUGAUAAUGAGGUCGUCAGUACCUACUAUCAGAACAGCAUCACUAAUCACUACGCGAGGAUUGUUCAUGCGGCAAAUCUAGAUGGAAGAGGAUACUGUUUUCCCUACGACGAUGUUGGACCAGAUGGAGGGGCAGACCAAAGUGGGUUUGUGAGUGACGGAACACCGGCCAAUCUGCUUGUUACUGUAGGUGGAGGCAAUGCCUUUGCUCGGAGAGAGGUCCAGCAGCCGACAGGGAAGGCGAUGAAGAGAAGCUUGAGUUGGGAAGACGACGUCAAGGCACUAGUGACUGUUGAAGAAGAUACGGAUAGAGACUUGGAGAAGGGACUACAUCCGAAACUGCUGAAUGAGAAUGCCUCUUCUUCAGAGGCGAAGAGAUUCAAGCUUCCGGCGAUCGUGGAGCGAUUCGUAGGCCCACAACUUGCUAAGCUCCAAGCAUCACCUUUUUACAUGCAACGAGUCGCACGAUUGAUCGCGCUCAUCAGCCAGCUAUUACUAUCCAUCCUCUCUCUGUCGAUACGCACUAUAGUCUCUCGAGUUUUCAUCGUCGUUUUCUUCUUGCUGUUCUACUUCCUCGGUCUUUUGCCACAUGGCACAAAUGGCGAGACGCAAAGAAGGGUUCUGGAAUCGAUGGCUGCGGCAAGUGGGAAUGGGACGACGCUUGUAUGA